AACACUGGAGAUGGCAACAUGUUUUAUCUGAACAGUCCGGAUGGGUGGGAGAGCAGUGUGCUGCACAAAUACACUUAUCCAGAUACAUUUGCUGUGUCUGUUAUGUGCACUAGCAGUGAAAUACACAUUGCAACCGAGAAAAAAAUUACCAUUCAAGAGCCUGUUACAGAAAUUGCUGUCAUCAGGUGUUAUGCUGGAGAUGCAUAUUUUCACAGAACCAACUGCAGAGCCCUGUAUGGAGAAGCAUUUCACAUUCAAACAGAAGUGAAAGCUGGUACAAAUGUGGUCUACAGACUCCAACAAGGUGAAAAGCUGUUGGCUGGUUUAUCUGUGAUCCAAGGAAAUGUCCAUCAGAAUAUCACAGUGACUCCAGAAAUAGUGAAGCAACUCGGACUGGGAUGCCACAACCUGAUCCUUUAUGCUUCUAACAUGGUCACUUUCCCCGAAGUGUCUGCAGAUUUACAGGUUUGCAUUUUGGAGAAAAUAGUUGGGCUUCAGGCCUCUGUGCUGAAAGAGAGGGAUGCUUGUUUUAUCUCUCCAUACAUUACAAUCGGUGUUUCGCUUGACAAGGGAGCUCCUGCGCUACUCUCCUUCUCACUGACUGGAGACAAAAGCUCCUUUUCGGAAACCAGACAUAUGAAUGGAAAGAGGGGGAUUUUUCGCAUCGCCCACCAAGUUCAAGGAUCUGUACAAGUUAAAGUUAGAGUGUGGAAUGCCUUCUCAUCCCUGGAAGUAGAUGUUCUUGCAUCCUGUAACAAGGAGUCAGAAACAGAAAGAAAUGGACAUAAUGAGCAUUAUUUAAGCUUCAACAAGAAAAUGAGAAAGCAACAUGUUAGAGUUGUCAGAGAUGUUUGGGAAAUCAUAGCGAAGCCUUCAGAUUCAGUUACUACCAAGCAAAAUAUCGAGCUUUCGAUGCGUCUGCCAUCUACAAACACUGAUAUCAUAUCUUAUGACUGGAAUUCUGAUAAAAAAGGCGACUGCAAACCAAAAUCCAAUACAAAGACACAAACCAUUCAAGAGGACUGUCUGCCAGAUCCAUUUUUCUAUGAUAAAUAUGUACUAACGGUGAACUGGAGAAACUCUAGAAAUGACAAUAAAUCUAUAUGUAUUACCUUCACCCCAACACUGUACACAUCAACUGAUGCAAGUCUAAAAUGCACUGAAGGAUGUGACCCAGUAGAAGAAAACAAGAAUGCAAAAAUUGAAUUGCGGUGUAGUACAAGUCAGUGUCCAAAGGUUGACUGGUACAUUGAGGACCCAAGAGAUGAAAGUAAAUGGAACGCAGAUACAAAGGACUGCUACAAGAAUGCAGGGAAAAUUCCUCUAAUUAAAAAACAGCAGGAUAGCUCUAACUAUGAAGUGAAAUACAACAGUAUUGAAACAGCCAAAAGCCAGGGUCAGGAUGUCACUGUGGUGGCUAUUUAUGGAACCAAUAAACCAUUUUACCUUACAUAUAUUAUUAAAACAUCAUCAACAACAAACAAUACAGCUUCUAUCACCAGAGGGCCAAGAACAACACAACCUCAAGCCACCAAAGAAAACACAGAAAUCUCAGCCACUAACCCUUCACCUGGCAAAACUGCUGCUACAACCACCAAUGCUUCUGGUUCAUCUAAAACAACUACUACUGCUGGCUCUUUUAAUAAAGACACUACUACAGCAGCAACUACAAAGGCACCAGACGGUAACGUUGGAGGCCUCUCAUGCACCGUGUCACCAUCAACUGGAACAGUCCUUGAUGCUUUUAAUUUAACUUGUACUCCCAACGUGCCUUGUUCUAAUUGUCAGUACUGUUUUAGUACUAAAGGUAAGAAUCUGCUGUGCAGUGAAAGCAAUGAGGUGAAGUUUAUCUUCCUUCCACUUGGAAAAAGCAGCUCAAACUACAGCCUGCUUAUAAUGGCGACUGCAAAAAAUGGCAGCUUCGAAGUUAACACCACCCUAACUGCACAGGUUCGGGAUUCCACAGCUAAUAUAAACUCAGCGGAUCUCAGUGCAGCUUUGGAUAUGCUAAAGAAACGAGGUCCGCUGUCUGGACAAGCCAUAGGACAGCUAUUUACCUCUGUGGCCAAUAACCUCAACAGUCAGUCUGCUGGAUCAAAUACGACGGAGAGGCAAUUGCUCAGGAAAAUGAUGCUGGACACAAUGAUUGACACAAUAAAUAAAGCUCCUUCCAACACGCCUGAAGAAGCUCAAGUGGUAGCAAAUACACUUUCUACUAUCGUCCAGAGAGGAACUGAACUCAGUUUGUCUGCACAGGUAGAUGCCUCCACAUUGUUUGCAAGCCUCACCUCGUCUCUCCUGCACAUGAAUUUGAGCCAAACUCAGGACAACAAGAACGAAAUGCUUUCAACAGUCAGCGCUCUUUUAGAGGGAGUGGCCAAUAUGCUGAACUAUUCUUCCAAUAAAAACGUGUCUGAUGCCCUUCUUGGCGCUUUAAACAACAUACAGAGUGCACUGUUGAAUUAUAAGGAAACCAAUGAGGGGCCAACUGUUAUUAGUCAAUCCAUCAUUAGCAUCCUUGUCAAUAGAGUGACACCUGAUAGAUUACACACAGAUUCCAUAAGUGUUGCCAACAGUUCCAGUCCCACAUUUUCUCUCCCAGAACUACCCUCUGACAUGUUUCCUGCUGGGGAACCAGUGGAUGUGCGAAUGCUGAGUCUAGAUAAAAACCCAUUUUCCUGGAAUGAAGGAGGGAACAUCAGCGGCACAAUAGGUGCUUUGUCCCUCACAGCGAAAAAUGGAUCCGGUAUCCCUGUUGAGAACUUAAGUGAAGAUAUCGAGGUGUUGCUGCCAAGACCUUCUGAACAACAGGUGAACACGUCUGUUUUGGACCUGGGGAACUUCAGCACAACAGUCAUAGUUGUUCCUUCAGCUGACACGACUCUGGUACUGAAGAUGGUGCCCUCAGUGGAUCCAUUACCCUUCAAAGUGUUCCUUGGCUAUAUGGAUUACCCUACUGAGACAAAUUACGUAGCAAUGACGCAGAUGCCUCAGCAGGGAGCCACACAAGAGGAGAGAUACACAUGGCUGCUCGACCCUAAGAAUUUAAAGGGAAACACUGGAGUGCACUAUCUUGUUGUGAGGCCUAUUGUGGGUCCUGGUAUAAAAUCCAUCAAUGCCAGUUUGUCAAUCACUCCCAUUACAUCCUCGUGUAAAUUUUGGAAUGAAUCACAACUGCAAUGGAGCGAUUCUGGAUGCAAAGUUGGAAUCAAUACCACAAAGUUAGUCACACAGUGCCUCUGCAACCACCUCACCUUCUUCGGGGGCUCUUUCUUUGUCACUCCCAACCUUGUGGACCCAUCGCGUACUGCUGAGCUGUUUGCAACCUUUGCAGAGAAUCCAGUGGUAGUGUGCUUUGUUGGCGCCCUCUUUGUCUCUUAUCUCUUGGUGGUUGUGUGGGCACGGCGAAAAGACAUCCAAGACAAAGUCAAGGUGAAGGUGACAGACCUGGAGGACAACGACCCCAUGGAUAAGUACCGCUACUUGUUGAGUGUCAGUACUGGGCAUCGUAUUGGGGCCUCCACUUCUUCCCAGGUUGUAAUAACUCUUCUGGGUGCAAAAGGAAACAGUGAACCUCACCACCUGACCGAUCCAAAGAAAUGCUUGUUUGAAAGGGGUGCGGUGGAUAUUUUCUUGCUUACCACACCCUUUUCCCUCGGAGAGUUGCAGGGCAUCAGGCUGUGGCACAACAACUCAGGGAGUCAUCCUUCCUGGUUUGUAGGCAAUGUCAUGGUGCAGGAUUUACAGACUCAACAGAAGUGGCAUUUUCUAUGCAAUUCCUGGCUGGCAAUUGACAUAGGUGAUUGCUGCCUUGAUAAAGUCUUUCCUGUCUCAACAGAAAUGGAUCUGAAGAGGUUCAGCAAUUUAUUCUUCAUGAAAACAGCUAAAGAUUUCAGUGAUGGACACCUCUGGUACUCAGUGAUCAACCGACCACCGAGCAGCAAUUUCACCUGCGUACAAAGAGUAUCGUGCUGCUUCUCCUUGCUGCUCUGCACCAUGCUAACCAGCAUCAUGUUCUACGGGAUCCCCACAGACCCCUCUGAACAGGUCAUGGAAUUGGGUCACUUUCAGUUCACGUGGCAGCAGUUCAUGGUUGGAGUACAAAGUUCUCUCAUUAUGUUUCCCGUGAAUAUAUUCAUAGUGAGCAUCUUCAGAAACACACGUCCUCGGGAGACAUCUUGUUGUCAGAGAAAAACAAAGAAAAAGAAAACCCUCAAGGGGAAAAGCACUUUGCAGACAGGUUGCCCGCAGACAACUACCAAAACCAACAAGAAUGUUAAUGUCACUUUAGACAUUAUCAUUAAGGACAUCAAAAGAAUUGCUUCAUUACUCCCUAAAACAAGCACCAUCCCUUGCACUGAAUCUGAGUUCAAGCCUGGACAAGAAAAGGACAUCAACGCUAUCCUCUCUGAGGUGGAAGACCGUGUCAAAAAGGAAAACAGAAGCAACAACGCCCAGUCAAAAAUACAGCAUCAGCCAGCAGACAGCAGUGUUUGCCUGCAUCCUGCAUCAGCAGAGAAGGCGAUUAAAAUGAACAUCAACAAAACCCAUUUGUACAAACAGCUGUGUCACAUAGAAAAGGAGAUGAAGCUGCUCGGCCCCUCCAGCUUCCCUAGCCCCCACAAUUACUGCCAGGCCCUGCAGCAAGUUCAGGGCAUGAAGAGCUUCCUUGAAGAUCAACUCCUCCCAACCAGCUGCAUCAAACUAGAUGAACCUACUGAUGAGAAUUGCAGCUCCAGUCCUGUAGAUGGUCCUGUUUCUGAUGGUGGCCAGAAAAAAAGGCGUUGCUGUACUGGGAUGCUACCCUGGUGGUUCAUCUUUGUCGGUUGGCUGAUGGUGAUUGCAACCAGUGUUGUGUCAGGAUAUUUCACAAUGCUGUAUGGGUUAAAAUUUGGGAAGGAACGCUCUAUCAGUUGGUUGGUGUCCAUGAAUGUUUCCUUUUUCCAGAGCCUUCUCCUCAUUCAACCACUGAAGGUGAUCUUUCUCGCAGUCUUCUUUGCACUGGUAAUAAAGAAAGUUGAUGAGGAGGAUUCACAAAAUGUGGAAUUAGUGACAGAUAACAGAAAUGAAGGUGAUUGUAAGGACUUCUGUAUAAGCAGAGAGGAGGGCCGUCUCUAUGAGCCACCUCCUCCAGAGGACGUUGAAAGGAUGAAAAGGAACAAGAUUACGCAACAGAAGGCCUUUGCUCUGCUCAGAGAGAUUUUUACCUACAUGGGGUUCAUGUGGAUGUUACUGCUCGUGGCAUAUGGCCAGAGAGACCCCAAUGCUUUCUUCCUAAACCAACACAUUACACAAAGCUUCUCUCAGGGUGUCUCAGACAGCAUGAGUCUUCAGGAUGUGUUCACUUGGGCCAGCAACACUCUGCUGACAAACCUCUUUGGAAAUUAUCCAGGAUUCAUCACAGAUGGAAACUCCAAGCUGGUGGGCAAUGCCCGUCUUCGUCAGCUGAGAGUGCAGAACAACUCCUGUCAGAUUGCAGACUCCAUGCUUGCCUUAGCGCCGGACUGUCAGGCUCCAUAUUCAUGGGAUGUGGAGGACAUGGGCUCCUAUGAAACUGGCUGGACUCGCGCAUUGAAUGGUAAUGUUUCUGGUAGCGCUUCCAGUCCCUGGAAGUACCAGAUGCAGGCUCAGCUUAGGGCUCAGCCUAUCUGGGGGCAGUUGGCUCUCUACAGGGGAGGAGGUUUUGUGGUGGAACUUGGCCCAGAUUUACCAAAUGCCAGCAGCACACUUGUGAAUCUCUACAACAAUAAGUGGCUGGAUAAAUACACAAGAGCCAUCUUUAUUGAGUUUACUGUGUAUAAUGCAAAUGUGAACCUCUUCUGCAUUGUCACUCUCUUAAUGGAGACUUCAGCAGUAGGAGCUUUUCAAUUCAACAGUGAGCUGCUGAGUAUUCGCCUUUACCAGACAACGGAUGGUCUUCACUUCUUAAUUAUGGCAGCUGAGAUCGUUUAUAUGAUUUUCAUCCUUUAUUACAUGUUCCUACAGGGUAAAUUACUGAAGCAGCAGCGCUGGCUUUACUUCAGAAACAAGUGGAACCUUCUGGAGCUGAGUAUCAUCCUACUGAGCUGGAGUGCUGUUGCCCUCUUUAUCAAGAGAGCCCUGCUUGGGAACAAUGAUAUGACUUACUACCAAAACCACAAAGACCAGUUCGUCAGUUUUUAUGACACAGCCAUGGCCGAUUUGCUGCUUCAGUAUUUGAUCGCCUUCCUCAUCCUUCUCUCCACCGUCAAACUGUGGCACCUGCUCAGACUGAACCCCAAAAUUAACAUGAUGACCGCUGCACUGCAGCGGGCCUGGAAUGACAUAUCCAGUUUUCUUGUGAUCAUUGCCAUCGUGUUUGUGGCAUACUCCAUAGCAAGCAACAUGAUUUAUGGCUGGGAGAUUUCAUCCUAUAAAACCUUUGCAGAUUCUUUUCUGACCAUCGUCGGUUUGCAGAUUGGCAUCUUUAACUAUGAUGAGGUCUUGGACAGCAACCCUCUGCUCGGUGGAUUACUGUUCGGUUCCUGCAUUGUGUUCAUGACGUUUGUGUUGCUAAACCUCUUCGUUUCAGUUAUUCUUGUAGCAUUAAAUGAAGAACAAAAGCAUCAUAAGCCAUCGGAGGAGGAGCAGAUUGUUGACGUCAUGCUGACAAAUAUCUGCAAUCUAUUUGGCAUCAGAUAUAAUGGGGAAAAAGGAACCUGAUGUGAAUGGCAGCAGUGGCUUAUGUUAUCAACAUUGUAGAAAUUCUCACAGUUAAGUUAACACUAAGAAAUAAAUAUUUUUUCUCUUUCUCUUUUGGAAUACAAUGGAACAAUAUUCAUGACCAUUUAGUCAUGCUCAUUAUUCUUUGCUCAUUUCCUACUUGUAUUCAGAUCAUUCUGAGUUUGCUAUUUCAUGAACUUAAGGUAUAGGGGGCAAUUUGUUUGGAUGAUUAAUAUUCACUGGAGGAAUAUUCAAUGUACUUUGUUGUUACCUAUGAAAGUGACUUGAUUUUUAAUGGCUUAUCUGCUCCCCUGGUUGGCUGCCUUUAGAUUACUGAUGCUGCUCAUUCAUCUUCUUUUAUACUGUCUUGUAAACUUGCAAAUAACAAAAAGAUUAAGUGAUGGAUAUGAUGCUUUCUUGACUUUGCCUUAAAGAAUAAAUAAAUAAAAACAUG